AUGGCAAACAAGACUUGGGUGGUUAGUGUGGUGUCCUGCUUCUUGUUCUCUUUUGUUCACAUUACAAAGGCAGGUCAAGACAGAGUUGCCAAAGCUAAGGAACUUGAGGCCGCCAAGCUUUUGAAUAAGAUGAACAAAUCAGCGGUUAAGUCUCUUAAAGGUUUUAGUCCUGAUGGUGACAUAAUUGACUGCGUCCAUAUUUUACAUCAGCCAGCUUUCGAUCAUCCCAAACUGAAAAAUCACAAAAUUCAGUAUGCCACAACAGAAGUGAAGAAAGAUAAAUAUUAUGGAGCCAAGGCAACCAUAAACGUUUGGAGGACACAUGUUCAGCAACACAGUGAAUAUAGUCUCUCUCAAAUUUGGGUUAUAAAUCAAGAUGAUAAUGAUAAUGUCGAGAGCGUCGAAGCUGGUUGGCAGGUCAAUCCACUGUUAUAUGGGGAUGAUAAACCAAGAUUUUAUGCGUAUUGGAUAAGUGAUUCAUAUGGACGUACUGGCUGUUAUAAUCUACAUUGCUCUGGCUUUGUUCAAGUUUCCAAUACAGUGGCACUGGGAGCCACCAUCCAACCAUUAUCCAUCUAUGGUGGUACUCAGUAUGACAUCUCCCUCCUUAUUUGGAAGGAUCCAAGAAGUGGAAACUGGUCGUUGAGGGCUCAGGAUAUAAAUAUGGGGUACUGGCCAACUUCUAUGCUCGAUCGUCAGUCAGAGAGUGCAACAAUAGUACAGUGGGGAGGUGAAUUGCAAGGGGUCAGACGCCGCGAUGGAUCUGGUCAUCCGCCUGGCGGAUUACAUAGCAUGGGACUUUGGGUGAAAGGUUGGGGACCACAGCGCCUUACACCGAAUAGCAUCUUCUUCAGACAACUUGGGCGCUGCGGUGGAUGGGGACAGGCACCGUGGCGGAUCACACCAAAUGCCAUCAAUCUUCUCUGUUGGAACCAUCAUGGUGGUUGUCUUCAUGCGCCGUGGCAGUUGGUCCCCUUUUUGUUUUUCUGCUUCCGGUCCCUCUUCCUUGCUCGCUCCGGGCCUUUGGUCUACCCUGAUCACCCAGACUCAGUUGAAUCCUUCUCCUUGUAA